UCAUGCAUAUGUUAUGUAAGGUCACUUUAGUCUGCCAGUGAAAGUUCCAGUCAUCCAAAGCUGAGAAUAACUUGAGUUUGCAGAAAAACAAAUAGGUUUAAAGACUUCUCUUGACUUUGUUUAGUGCUGUUGGGAUGGCCCGCUGAGAGUUUUUGGACUCACUUGUCAAGAAAGGCUGUAAGUCAAUCCUCCAGGAGCUCAGCAAGGCAAAGACCAGAUGUCAUUGGAUCUGAGAAGGUGAUUAUAAAACAGCGACACGGACAAAAAGUUGUUGAAGACGUAACGCAGGGCAGACACUACAAAAGUCAAAGUGAAGCAUAUUUGACAGACAGAGAGAAGACUUCAGACUUUAGAUGUGCUCUAGCAGUCUCAUUUGAUCCUUAUUUUGAGUGACUACGCAAAACAUUCCGACUUCAGCCAUGUCAGAGGACCAAGAGCUGUCCUACAGUGAUGCCAUCAAGAAGGCGAGCAGCUCCAUUACCCGCUUCCCCCUCAUCCCAGUAAAAGGGAUUCCCCUCAUGAACCACAUCGCUUACAACUUUGACGCCAUCUGGGAUUUCUGUCCCGAUUCUUCAGACCUCCUCAUCGCCACUUACCCUAAAGCAGGUACGACAUGGACCCAGGAGAUAGUGGAUCUGCUCCUUCACAACGGAGAUGCUGAGCUCUGUAAGAGAGCCCCCAUAGCAGUCCGCAGUCCUUUCCUGGAGAUUUGCUCGCCGCCGCCCAUCCCUUCAGGUCUUGAACUCUUGAAUAAGAUGGACCCACCAAGGAUUAUUAAGACACAUUUACCAUUUCAGCUGGUUCCCAUCGGGUUUUGGGACAACAAGUGCAAAGUGAUCUACGUGGCUCGCAAUGCUAAGGACAAUCUAGUGAGCUACUUCCACUUUGAUCAGAUGAAUCUGACCCAGCCUGAUCCCGGACCGUGGGAGGGAUACGUCCACAAGUUCAUGCGUGGAGAGGUGCCAUGGGGCUCCUGGUAUGAUCAUGUCAAGGGUUACUGGGUGGAACAAGAACAGAGGAACAUCCUUUACCUUUUCUAUGAAGACAUGAAAGAGAAUCCUCGACGUGAAGUGGAGCGCAUUAUGAGGUACCUGGACCUGUCCCUCUCUGAUGAUGUCAUCAGCCGCAUUGUGGAGCUGACAUCUUUCGAGAAAAUGAAGGAGAACCCGAUGGCCAACUACAGCUUCGUUCCCAAACCAGUUUUUGACCAGUCCAUCUCUGCCUUCAUGAGAAAAGGAGAAGUCGGUGAUUGGAAGAACUUUUUCACGCCACAGCAGUCAGCAGAGUUUGAUGAGGACUAUAAGAAGAAAAUGAAGCACGUCCGCAUACCAUUCAGAGCACAGCUCUAAAAUGGCGUGCUGGAGUUUCUUCUCGAUGUUUUUUCUACAACGUAACGUCGCAAUAAAAUAUGAAUAAUGUCUGAA